UCGUCGGAGUCGUCAUACGCGCAGUGAUCUACUCUCUCAUUCCUUUUUCCUGGUCUAGUAAGCCUAGGAUCAACACAACUGAGCUCCCUUCCGUUUGUACGCUAUGCCUACCGCGCAGCCAACCUUGGGUGUGGAUAGGCUCAGCGGGACUACAGUGCGACAUCCCAGCGAUGCGGGAUCAAACGGAUCCAGAAGCUUUGCUUCUGGUACUACUCUCAUGGAUGGACAUUCGUCAGGUGGCAACAUAUCGAAUGGGAUUCGCUCGGAGGACGAUGACAAGCCGGAACAGCUCGAAGUCCUUGCUAAGCGUCUGGAGGUGCAGAAGCAGAUCAAGGAGGGCGCAGAGAGUAUGCUCCAAUUAGCCUUAACAGAUCCAAAUUUCAAGGAGCAUUUGCGAGACAAGGUCCAGUCAGAACUUGAAAGAGCCCAAAAUGAGAUCGAGACAAUUACAGCCCAAAUACGUUUGAUAUCCGCUAGGCCCGCCAGACCGAGGCAACAUAGCGUCGAGGAAAGAGAUGAUUUCCAUACUGCGCUAAACCAUGCCAUAACAUGUAUUAGGACACUCGCCUCUUUAGGGAGAGCAUCGGGGUCACAAUCACCCUCUCCUUCUACAUCCACUACAAAGCCUAGUCCCUCGACUGAGCUCGAGAUUGAUGCAGCUCGAGUCGACGCCAUGAAUCGUCUUGUUGGUAUCCUCCAGAGAAAUCUUCGUGUCCGCUAUGCUGUGAAUAUAUCUGAAGUGGUGCACGUGGCACUCUUGGGUUUAUCGGAUCGAUGCUCCAAACAAUGUCGAGCAUGUGCAUAUCGACUUAUCCGACAUGCCUUAGUAGACUCGGACUCUAUCGCCCGCUUGCAAGAGCAGCCGUUAGACUGGUAUCUUGUAAAGUCUCUGGCGAGGGAUAACAAACAUGCCGUGGAGAAAGAGCAAGCGGUGAAGCUCAUACGUGCCAUUGUAGAGAUUGGAACCAUGAGGCGCAGCCCAUCUACGCGGGCUGGUUCGGGUUCGGUGCCACUCUCAGACGGCGUAAUGAGAGCUUUCAUCGCAAUUGCAGAGCAACCGGAAGACCCUUUGAGACUUGCGUGCCUCGAGACUCUAGCGGAAAUUUUGCUUAUCGACAUAGAUUUGAUGUCAAGGACAGGAGGCAUUAGGUUGCUUCUUCAUGUCCUAGCCGAAGGGCCCCUCGAGGUCGCUCCGAUUCUUGCUUCGGUGUUCCUCCAUGUUGUGGACAUACCUAGGACCCGUAAAUAUCUCCAUCCUGGAACCGAUUUCGAGAUAGCGUUGUCAGGUGUCACAGAUGCUUAUGGCAAGGGACCUGAGCAUGAUGAAAGAAUGCGUGCGUGCGCGAAGAUUAUCGUCAUGCUUUUGCGGACUUGGAGUGGUUUAAUGUACUUUAGCAUGGGCAAUAUGUUGGCCAUCCGGACAAUCAUAGAUACACUACGGAUACCAUCACUUGAUUCGAGAGAAAUCAUAAUCGACAUGUUUUUCGACCUACUAAACAUCAAGCCACCUGAAUGGCAUCAGACCUUUAUCGAUGGCCGUCGGCUGACAAAGCCUGAGAGUUUGAAGCUGACGGACCAGUAUAUUUCGCUGCUCAUUUUGGUUUUCACGAAAGCUGGUUUGCUAGAUGCGUUAACAAGCAUGUUCGAGGAGUCGACAACAGGCUCGAGCCUGUCUCGGAAGGCCACUUUGCUUAUGGCUGAGGUGCUUCAGCUUGCCAACCGGCUAUUGCCAUUGUCGCAAGCCGCAAAAAUCCAGAGCAUUCCUAGGGUCUUUGAUCUCGCUUCGGAUUAUGGUCGCGGUGAGCAUAGGAUCAUCGGCUCUUUGGCUUUGUCGGCUCUGGACAGUUUCAACCGUAAUUCGGCUCGAUUGCAUCCCACUGCGAACUUGAAGAAUAAUCGACCAAGAGCAAAUUCUGGCGAAGAUGCAGUUCGGAGAGGACAGCGACAAGUCGAACAAGUGAAGCUGAAAAUGGGCAUGCAGAUGGACGAUAGAACCUUCCAGGCUGCUCUGCUCGAAACACAGGUCAUGCUGACCAAAGACCAUACAAAAUGGAGUUUCGAAACCCUGGAAGACCUCGUUGAAGGUCCUCUGCGCAAUCCGAAGCGAAUGGAAGAGGCUAUCAAAGUUUCGCGGUUCAUCCGGAAACUUAUGUCCUUCUUCCAUCCGUUCAGUCAUCGCUUCUCUGACAUUCCAAGGACAAAAGGCAAUCAUCGUUGGGUUAGGCUGGGCUGCACUUUGCUCAAUACCCUACUUGAAAGUCCGGAUGGCAGACGUUUCCUGGAGUCGGAAGAUGAGUUCCUCAAACAGAUUGUGAAGUGCUUUGCGCAACUUGAUCCUUUCAAUUCCAACGGCACAUUGGAGUCAGAUCCCAUAUUUUCCAAAGCACGAGUCCAGGACACCCUUACUUACGGAUACCUGGAGAUGCUGGGAACACUCAGUGCACACGAAAAGGGCGUAGAGCUGAUGGAGAAGUUCAAGAUAUUCACCGCCUUUUACCAUCUCAGCGACACCCGUAGUCGUGAUGAUUUGAUUAAGGGCAUCAUACAACAUUUGGAUUACAGCAUUGACGGGCAUUCGCGGAUAGUUCUGUCGAAGGCUCUGACAUCCAGCUAUGUUCACAUAAGGAUGUUCGCUACUACCCAUCUCGGAGGCUUGCUGGGUGAAAGCGCCAAAGCUAAUGCCUGGACCCUGCGGCUUCUACUGACUCAACUGUACGAUCCCGCUAUGGAGGUAUGUGAACUGGCAGUGCAAUACCUCCAGGAAACUUGCGAGUCUAUGGAGAUCCUGCGUCUUGUCGUCGAAAUGCAACCUACAUUGGAUCAUCUCGGAGAGAUUGGCCACCCCUUAUUGAUGAAAUUCAUGUCGACUCCUGUCGGGUUUCGGUACCUGUUUGACGCAGGCUACAUAGACCGGGAAAUUGAUAUGUGGUUUCAUGAGCGUAAUUCGUACUAUGUUGUGCAAAUCGAAGUUUACCUAGCAAAAGCAUUUAAUGCCCCGACCGUGGAAGAAAGCGCCGCUACAGGCCCCUCGGACAUCUCUGUCCCUCGGCAUUUCUAUGGUGAAAUGACCAAGACGGAACUCGGUUGCCAAGUGCUGCACGAGAAGGGGCAUUUCGCUGAGUUUGCUGAUUUCAUUCGGCAACAUGGGCUGGAGAGCGAAGACACAGAACUUAUAAUCAAACUGAAGAGUAUACUAUGGGCAGUGGGUAACAUUGGUGCAACAGAAGGAGGCUUACCCUUCUUGGAAGAGGAGGAAAUUAUACCAUCCAUACUCGAGAUAGCAGAGAAGUCACCCGUGUUGACUGUUCGGGGGACGUGCUUCUUUGUGCUCGGCCUCCUCUCUGCAACCCCUCAAGGUGCAGAGAUAUUAGACGACUAUCAAUGGGAGUCAACAUUAUCGCCCACUGGCUUUCCUACUGGGUUAUGCGUUCCCAUAGACCUGGAGAAGUUUAUUUUCGUCCCGUCUUGGGACACACCAACUACAUCCUUGCCUGGGGGCCAGUUAAUCCCGCCGACAUCGCAAAAUGAAAAUGAAGUCAUGACUGCCAUACACAACUUAGCUAACACUGUCAUUGCGAAUCAGGCCUCGCGGACAUUAGCCAGGUUGAAAACGAAGCUUGAAUGCAAGGAGGUAUUCUCUUCCCCUGCCAUGUUUUAUCGGGCCCUGCACACAAUCUCUACCCAUCGGUACCGAUUGCCUGUUCGGAGGUACAUCUUGGACCUCUUCGACGUCGAACUGGACUACGACCUGGCGAAGCAACUCUCCAGGCAUGCAGAGUCCCUUCAAGCACCUCCUACCGAUGACAGGAGUACGACAACAUGUUCUAGUCGGGUAGUCAGUGUCCUUGGUAUUCCGGGACGCACGCGUCGUGGAUCCGACAGUGACGAAGAAGACCUCGAAGAAGUAGCUGAAGUUCCGGUGCCUGUCGAGCCGGUGAUGAACUUACGACCGUUAAGCAGAAUAGUUGGUUUCGAGUAGGGAACGUAUCUGCUGUUAUAUUGCUGUGAUUUUAUGUUGUGUUUAUCACCCUCCGAGUCCAUUGUACUAUUGUGGCAUCUCAUCACCUGCAACUCACCGUAUGCAAAUGAUAAUUUCUUCACACCCUCUGUCUAUAACGUUACCAUUCGC